GCCGGGAGCGCUGCUAUGGCGUUCUUCGGACCCGCGGCUCCUCCUCACGCUGUGCUCGAGGCGGAGGCUAGGAGAGGGCCGAGGAGGAGGAGGCGGGCGGCUGGCCGCCGCAAUUGCAGAGCCGGGGCCAAGGGAGGCGGAGGCGGAACGGGAGCCGCCGCAGCUAGCCGGGCCGCCUGUAGUGCUCUCCUGGCUUGAGGGCGCCGGGCGCCAGCCAUGCCUCGGUGUGGCUGCUGAAGCCGGGCGCCAGCGUCCCCGCCGCUGUGCCUCGCUGUCCGGCUGCCCGCGGCGGGAGUACGGAGCCGCCAGCCAGCCAGCGGUGGCGCGGGCGCGGGAGCGCGGGGCCGGAGGAGGCGGGGAAGAUGGACCCGUCGCCCUCGUUGGGCUGCAGCCUCAAGGAUGUGAAGUGGAGCCCAGUGGCUAUGCCGCUCGACCUGCUGGUCAGCACCUACCGGCUGCCCCAGAUCGCGCGGCUGGACAGCGGAGAGUGCGUGGAAGGGCUGCGGGAGAAUGACUACCUGCUGAUCCACUCGUGCCGCCAGUGGACCACCAUCACUGCCCACAGCCUGGAAGAAGGUCACUAUGUCAUUGGGCCAAAGAUAGAGAUCCCUGUACAUUAUGCAGGGCAAUUCAAGCUGCUGGAACAAGACCGGGAUAUAAAGGAGCCGGUGCAGUAUUUCACCAGCGUGGAGGAAGUGGCCAAAGCGUUUCCUGAGCGUGUCUACGUCAUGGAGGAAAUCACAUUCAACGUGAAGGUUGCGUCGGGUGAGUGCAAUGAAGACACUGAAGUUUACAGCAUCACCCUGUGUACUGGGGAUGAGCUCACCCUAAUGGGGCAGGCAGAGAUCCUUUAUGCAAAGACCUUCAAGGAGAAGUCACGUCUCAACACCAUCUUCAAAAAGAUCGGGAAGCUCAAUUCCAUCAGCAAGCUGGGGAAAGGCAAAAUGCCGUGCCUCAUUUGUAUGAAUCACCGGACCAACGAAAGCAUCAGCCUUCCAUUCCAGUGCAAGGGCAGAUUUAGCACCCGAAGCCCCUUGGAACUUCAGAUGCAAGAAGGGGAACAUACCAUCCGCAACAUCGUGGAAAAGACUCGGCUCCCCGUGAAUGUGACCGUGCCCAGCCCCCCACCCAGAAAUCCCUACGACCUCCACUUCAUUAGAGAAGGGCACCGCUACAAGUUUGUGAACAUCCAGACCAAGACGGUGGUGGUUUGUUGUGUGCUACGGAACAACAAGAUCCUCCCCAUGCACUUCCCCUUGCACUUGACUGUCCCCAAGUUCAGCCUCCCGGAACACCUGGGGAAGGGAGACAUGUGGCCGGAGACCCUAGUCCACCACUGGCUUGGCAUCUGCCAAGAGCAGUUUGACAUCGACGAGUAUUCACGGGCUGUUCGCGAUGUGAAGACGGACUGGAACGAAGACUGCAAAAGCCCCAAAAAGGGCCGUUGCUCUGGCCACAACCAUUUACCCAAUUCCCUCAGCUAUGCCCGCGAUGAGCUCACCCAGUCCUUCCACCGGCUCUCAGUCUGUGUGUAUGGCAACAAUCUCCACGGCAAUAGUGAGGUGAAUCUCCACGGCUGCAGGGACCUUGGGGGAGAGUGGGCCCCCUUUCCCCAUGACAUCCUUCCCUAUCAAGACUCCGGGGACAGCGGGAGCGACUACCUUUUCCCGGAAGCUAGUGAAGAGUCUGCAGGCAUCCCGGGGAAAACCGAAGUUCCCUAUGAAGAGCUGUGGCUGGAGGAAGGCAAGCCCAGCCGCCAGCCUCUCACUCGGUCCCUCAGUGAGAAGAGCAGGUGCGACACCUUGAGAGGCUCCACGCGCUCCACUUGUGCAACCUCUUCUCCUCCCGCCCCUGCGACCCUGGGAGCCACAGUGAAGUCUUCAGAAAUCGCCCUACCUCCACCUCCAGUGCCUCCCAAAUCUGAAGCUGUCAGGGAAGAAUGCCGGCUCCUGAACGCCCCACCUGUGCCACCCCGAAGUGCGAAGCCUCUGUCCACAAGUCCCUCCAUCCCUCCUCGAACAGUCAAGCCAGUUCGGCCACAGACUCGGUCUCCAAGCCCCACCCUGUCUUACUAUUCUUCAGGGCUGCAUAACAUCGUCACUCAGAGUGACACAAGUCCUCCCAACAGUGCUCCUGUUUCCUGCUAUCCCUGCACCCGAGUGAAGAGUGACUCUGUGGACCCCAAGUCCCCGUUCGGAAGCCCUUCUGCUGAAGCUCUGUCCUCCCGGCUCUCGUGGCCCAACCAUUCCUCAGGAGCGUCGGAGAACCAGACAAGGAGUGACUUCCUGCUCGAUCCAAGCAGGAGCUACAGCUACCCCAGACAGAAGACGCCUGGCACGCCAAAGAGAACCUGCCCAGCCCCUUUGGAUUUCGAUGGUUGUGAGCUCCUGGGCAGCCCGCCCAGCACGACCUCUGUAGAGUUCAGCAGCAGCGGUGUCUCCAGUUGCCCCAAGUCAGCCAGCUACUCCCUGGAGAACUCCGAGAGCAACUCCCUUGCAGCUGGCAUGACCAAGCAGAGCGUCUCCUGCCCUGCCUUACCCCCAAGGGCCCCAAAGCCAGUGGAACAGAAAGCCACCCCCGAAACAUCUCCUUUGCCUCUGAAAAUUGAUGGUGCUGAGGAGGACCCCGCAGCGGGGUCGCUGGACCUCGCCGAGGACCAGUACUUUGUCAGAAAGGGCGUGCAGGACAUCUUCUCCGUCUCUUAUCCUUUCUCGUCUCCCCUCCACCUCCAGCUGGCCCCCAGAUCCUGUGGGGAUGGCUCCCCAUGGCAACCACCUGCUGACCUAUCAGGACUCUCUAUAGAGGAAGUGUCCAAGUCUUUGAGGUUCAUUGGUUUGUCUGAAGAUGUCAUAGCCUUCUUUGUCACUGAAAAGAUCGAUGGGAAUUUGCUUGUUCAAUUAACAGAGGAGAUCCUCUCGGAGGAUUUCAAAUUAAGCAAACUACAGGUAAAGAAAAUACUGCAGUUUAUUAAUGGCUGGAGGCCCAAAAUAUAGCCAAAUGCCCAUCUGUUGUGAGACAGAGCUAAGGAACAUGUGCUGGAAGGGGUGGGCUAGGACACAGAUUCAUGUUUUUGCACUUAAAAAAACAAAACAAAACAAAACCUUCUCUGUAAAUAGAGAUAAGAGAAAGUCUUACUAUGCAGAUUCCGUUUCUGAAUGGUGAACAGGCUAUUUUGUACAUCAAUAAAGAUGCUAUACAGAACACUUAGAGGUGUGCCUUGUACGUCACUCAACAUUCAACAGCUGCUAAAAGAACUGAAGUCAUAUCCAGAGAACUCAUUUGUACCCUAAUCGGUCUUCGAGAAGGCAUGGUAUUUAUUAUAAAACAGCCAAAGCUGAAACACUUGUGAACAGUUCGCUUCCUGGGGAGCCGACGGUGGACAGUUCAUUGUAUUCUGCGGCCCGCUUUGCUUCCUGUCUGUUGUUUAACUCCUGUGCCUGACGAUGUUAGUGGUGUGAAGUGACACUUUAAUGUUCUAUGCUUGCUGGAGAUCUUUUUAUCAAAAGGCAUUUUCCAAAAUUCAUGUUUUGCUAGAGGAGAUCUGGUGUCCUUAGAAAUGACACAAAUCAUGACCAUUACGUUUGAUCUGUAA